UAUCUAAAAUAUAAAUAAUUAAAACUAAUUUCUAUAAAACAUAAGAUAAUUCUUAAAUAUAUUAUUUUUUACUAUAAAAUAUAAAUUUUAAUGCAUGAUUUAUUUAUUUUAAACAUAAUUAAUAAUAUAUUAUGUUGGUUUUGAUUUGAUAGUUAUAAACUAAUAAAUAUCUAUAAAAAUAUUAUGCCCGCAUGUACGGGCAGAAUAUCUAGUUAUACUAUUAUUUGCGAAGUAAAUUUUUGGAAUCGAGCUCUCACGUUAAAAGUUAGAGCGGUUAAUAUCUAUAAUACCCUUAAUGAAUUAUAUAUAUAAUUAAUUAUAUAACCAAAAACGAAUUUUUAUUAAUAAUAUUAACUUUUUAAAAAAUAAGAUAAGUCUUAUAUAUUGUGUUGUUAUCUUAAAACAUAUUUUUCAAUUAUAAAAUUUAAAAAUAAACUAUAAAACAAUUAUAAUAAAUUCAAUGGUUAAAGUCAAUGUUAUCUUUAAUAAAUUUUAAUUAAACAUAUAUAUAUUUAAUUAGAUUUUUGUCAUAUAUAUAUAUAUAUAUAUAUGUUUGAUUUAAUUUUUUUGAAAACAUAAAUAAUAAGUUAUUAUGAUGGUUUUUGAAUUAAUAAAAAAUAAACUAAUAAAUAUUUGUUAAACGAUUAAGCCCGCAUAUGCGGACAAGACACCUAGUUGUACCGUAUAAUUCUCUUUUUUGGUCGGCGAUUAUACCGUAUAAUUCAUGAUGAAAAUUCUGCAACUCUUAUGGAUAUAAAUUCAGAAAAGGACAAAACGUUUAAUACUAAAGCUAAAACGAAAUUAGGGGAAAAAACCAAGAACAUUGAUAUUCAGAAAAGGCAAUAAAAUAUAAAAAUUAUAAAGAAGUAUAAGACAAAAUGUCUUCCUCUCCCCCAACUCCUCCAGCAUAACGCCUCCGAUGAGAGUGAUGAAACUUCAAUGGUCUCCCAUAAAUCCUCCAUUCAAGAUGCCUACUGACCCUCCACAUUCCCCCUCCGGCUCGAUGAUAUCUAGCUCCAUGUAUUUGCUUCUUCUCAGACUAUUUAUACACCAUUACCCAUCACUCUUUCCUCGUAUCGUAAAAUCCAUACCUUUAUCAUGGCAAAAAAGACUGCAAUCCUCACCGACGAAGCUUCUUCUCCUCUCCUCUUCCGACAUGUUUCACCAGGAUCAGGAGAUUCCACCUUGUAAUUUAGGCUUAUUCAUUUCUGGGAAGCUCGCAAGAAUGUCAAAGGAGGACCAUGCAUGUUUCUUGAGAUUGAGAUGCUUAUGAUCGAUGAAGAGGUAUGUUUUCCUGUCUCAUUAUUCAUGUCGGUGCCAACUUCUGAAAUACACGAACAGAAAAGUAUAUUAGCGUAUCUUGGAAAAAAAAUACUUGAUUUAUUGGUUUGAGAGGAUUAGUCGUGAGUGCUGUGAUAGAGAUUGGAUUAAUAUAAAACAUCUCUUCGACUAAUACGAGAAUUGAAAAGUUUGUUUUAUUGCCUUAUAUAUAUCUAUUAUAUUAGCGUCUCUUGGAAAAAAAAAUGUAUUGGUUUGAGAGAAUUACUCGAGAGUGCUGUGAUAGAGAUUAGAUUAAUAUAAAACAUGUCUUUGAAUAAUACAAGAACUGAAAAGUUUGUUUUGUUGCCUUAUAUCUAUCUAUUUUAACACUUAUAACUUGAUAUAUUGCAGAUAUUUUUUACAUUCAUUACAAGCAACAGACUGAAGUAAGACAUUCUACUUUUAUGAUAUUCAACUGACUCAAUAUUGUCUCUCUGCUCUGUAGGGUACUUUGGCUCAGGGGUUCAUCGGUCAGAAUCUCCGCAACCAAUAUGAAAAAGAGCUCGAGCGUGGGAGCAUCUACACACUGACAAAAUUCUAUGCAUCCAACAGCAAGGUGAUGUACCAUGUUGCUGAUCAAAAGCUGGUAAUUUGCAUCUCACACGUCUCUGCCCUGUCGAAGGUUGAAGAAAACAUUGAAGGCAUUUUGACAGAGCGCUUCAGAUCCAUUCAUUUUCAGAUUUUGAAGCCAACUGCGAUCUCAGAAGGGAUAUUCACGGUAAGGUUUAGAUGAGUUCUUAUCAAUUUUAAACUUUUAAAAAAAUCCCGGAAUUAUAAACCAUCUGUUUGUUUUAUAAAUACUCUGCUGGAAAGAAAAUAAUAAUCUUCAAAACCUAGGUACCUUAAAAAAUUUCAUUCUCGCCAAACACCAGUGUAGCUUCUUCGUACAUUGUUUCUAACCGUUUGAGUAACUAUGUGUGUGACUGUGUGUUGUAGAUGUUGUUGGCCACCUUAAGCUGGUCGAUGGUCAGCCUCUCCAUCAGCGUCCGGUUUUGUGCACCAAGGAUGACUCAACUUCUCGGAGAGUUAUGGUUCAUUUGCAGCUUAAAAAUGGUCCAGUAAUGAACAUCUACCUAUGGGACGAGGCUGCGGAAAAUUUCUGCCUUAAGUUUGACGCAUGUGCAGCCACUCCAACGGUUCUAUUGAUCACAACGGUCAAUCCUAAAAGACUAGGAAAAUUGCGCCUAAGUUCAAUGUCGUAUUCCAGAGUGUUUUUGGACGAAGAGGUUGACUCCCCCAAGGAGUACUUGACCUGGUUGACCACGAACCUAUCUGCAACUUCUUCGGUCAACCCUGUUGAGGUGGUUAAAGCUGAGACGCUCACAAUAAGUGAGAUUGCUGCCUUCAUCAAGCGUCAGCCUGCUAAGGUAAUCCCAUUUGGUUAUGAAAAUCAAACACUUUUUUGAAUUUAGUUGCUGACAACCCUUGGCACAUGAUUUCAAAUUGCCUACUUUGACUGCAUUGCCAGAAUUGAUGAUGUCAAACUUAGCACUGAGUGGUAUUACAUUGCUUGCAAGGAUUGUCAGCCAAAGUAGGUCUGCGCAUUCGGGUCAUCGGGUCGGGUUCUGAUCGGAUCCUUUUGGGGCCGGGUCUUUCGGGUCUAAGAGUUUAGGAUCGUGCCGGGUCCGGGUCGGUUCGGAUCGUGCCGGGUCCGGGUCGGGCCGGGUCUUAGAUAGUUAGAUCCAUUCGGGUAACUAGAAUUUAUCGGUUCGAAUUUAGUUCAGUUUCGGUUUCGGGUCGGGUUCGGUUUGGAUUCGAUUUAAAAAGACCUAAAAAUACAAAAAAAUAUCUGAAAAUAUUUAUAUAUCCGAAAAUAUUCGAAAUUUUAUUCAAAAUUUGUGUUUUUAUUAUAUUAAAAUGUGUAUAUAUAUUAAACAAUGCGAGAUACAACAACAAUCCGUUGUCUCCUAGUGGUUGACCCCCAUGUUCUCUAGACAAAUAACACGUCUUCGAUUCUCCCUUGAUGCACUUUAUUUAAUUUACAUUAUUAAUUCGGAUACCCAUCGAGUUUCGGGUUUGGGUCGGGUCGGGUCGGGUCCAAGACCCGCGGAUCCUCUGCAACAAGACCCGACAUGGUAAUUUGAUCGGGUCGGUUUUUACCCGAACCGUGUUUUUUCGGGUCGGGUCUUCGGUCCGGGUAAAAUGCCCAGGCCUAAGCCAAAGUUAAACCGUGGGUCUACAACACUGAUUUGUCCAAAAUGGUGCAAUGAAAAUGCUACUACAGUAGCCAAGUAAGAUUCUCCCUUCAAACAUAUAUGCAUUCUACAAAGUAUAUACUAAUCACUUGCCCUUUAAACAACUACCGGGUGGCGAUGUCUGUCUAUGAUAAUGAGGAGCAAUUCACUUUCAUCAUUCUCAGAGAUGCUGGGAAAGAGUUCACUGGCAGAAAAGCAAUAGAGUUGAUUGACACUUAUGUUGAGGUUAGUGUUAUUCUACUACGUCUUUGCAUUAUAAUAGCUACCAAGUUGAUAAAGGGAUGCUGUUAUAAUAGGAAAACGGUGGUGAUGGGACUGAGCUUGAGGUUCCACUGCCACAAUGUUUUAUUGAUACAAAAGGACAAACAAAGAAAUUCAGGAUCAAGGUGGCCCACUACAAUUUCACAUCUACCAGACUAUCCUUGACCGCUACCAGAAUUGUCUCAUCUGCAGUUUUACUACCAAAGAAUCCCCCACUCAACACGCCACCUAUUCCUUUAUCCACAACCCAAAACAGCCGUGCAGCAACUGAAGUGGAAAUCUCAGACGUGGCUGAGAGCAGUGGGGGUGGAUCUCCCUAUGCAAACGAUCGUCCAACUUCAGCCACUGACGACCAGAAGAAACCAAAGCGUAUCAAGCGUUGUGGUUAGAUCACCUACACUAAAGCCACUCCAUCAAUGGCUGGUAUAGACUAUCCAGUCAGCAUGCUUCUCUAAUAACAGUCUUUUUUAUUUUUCCUUAGUUAUUUACUUUUCUUUUUGCUAAGACAGUUUAUUAUUGGAAAAACAUCAUGGUUUUGGUUUUCUUUUUAAAGUUGUUGGUUAUGCAAUUUAUAAUAUUUUAUGUCCAGUUAUUAAUUAUUCUACUUAGAACAAGAAAACAAAAUACAAUGCAUGCAGUCGAAUUAUUUGACCGUUUUUAAACCCUCUAAGAAAGUUACUCUUAAAGAGUCACAUUAGACUUCUAGCUUUGGUUUUUGCUACCACAUAUUUGCCAUCAAUUUGAUGCGCCCUGUGAAAAUCAUAAAAUCAAAUCCACUUGAUUUCUCCAAAUUUAACUGGCUCCAGACUAAUAUUCUUCUAGCUGGUCAACAACUUAAGAAAGGAAAUUGUCAUAUUUCAUACCAAAAAAGCCGACUGCUUUCAUUGAGAGUUAAAUAAAAUAUAUGCUAUCUUUAAUACAAAUAACAAAAUGUAUGAAAUAUAUUAAGUGAAAUUAGGAUCAACAACUCUAAGUUUCACACCACAUAUCCAUCGUCUCUCAUUCCGAACUUUGAAAAACGAACCAAGUAGGAGAGAAUCAAACUGAAACUACUAAAAAUUAACUUACAUUAUCUACAACUAAAAACUAGCAAACAAAAAUAAAUUUACUUUAUUUAAAGGGAAAUAGGGAUGUAUAGCCACAAAAAAAACAAUAAUUAAGUAACUAACCAAAAAAUAAAGUACCUCCAUUAUUUUUACAAUAUAUACUAUAUUGCCCCU